CUAGGACCCUUCAUCGUCCGACACGAGUACUCCUCCCCGGCCAUGAAAUUUUGCUGCUACGAACAUACAAUGUACGCAGAGCGCCCAAUUAUCCGAUUCUCCGGUUGUCCCUGGAAUUUGGGUUUGUGGGUAUUCUUGAAGUGACGAUCUUUCCUUCCAUGGUGUUUGGGCUCCUCUGCUUGUGUAGAAGUUAACUGAACGAGGAAACAUUCGAUUAUCUCUCCGAAGCUUGUCGAGCUCAGAAGCUUGCCCGUCUUAUCAAUCAGCUCAAAGGGGUAGCGAAAAAUGCGGAGUGGGCUCUGUGUAAAUGAGCAGUUCAGUAGUCUUAUGCCGCAGCCUCAUCUCCCUUAACCCCAGAAUCUGCCUCAACGGCCUGCUCCUGCCUCCCUCCCGCGAGUUCUCUGCCAGAGGGAGAAGGAGGCUUGGUGGCUUGGUAGCUAAUGCUAAGAAGAAGAAGGGCAAGGGCCAUAGGAAGAGGAGCUGGUGGCAAAGGUUCUUCUUUGACGAUGACGGGAAUUGGCUCGGGUUGAGGGAUGAUGACAUGCUUGAUUAUGGUGACGGUGGUGGUGGUGAUGGAGAGUAUGGGGGAAGGGGGACUAGCGAGGAGGAUGGCGAGCUAUCCGAGAGCCACAAGUUCGAGGCGUGGAAGAAGAGGGCGGAGGCAAUUGUCGAGCUGAGGGAAGCGCAGGAAGACGUGAGGAAUGAGGAGAGCCGUAUGUGGGAGGACUGGCUUGUGUACGAUGAGGCGAACACCGGGGAUGGCAGAGCUGCGGAUUCUUGGAAGCAAGAUUGGGGCGAUGGAGGUGGAAACAAUGUGGUACCUGACGGGAAUGAUUUGGUUCCCGAGAAGGGGUUUGUGGAAUCGGUUAGGGACAUUGUUCUUGGGAGGGAAGAUGAGGAUAUGCUCUACGAGGAUCGAGUCUUCCGAUAUGCCUCCUUCAACUCGGCUAAGUUUCUGGCAGUACUGAUAAUUGUUCCAUGGGCGUUGGACUUUGUGGUUCAUGACUACGUGCUCAUGCCUUUUCUGGACAGAUAUGUGAAGACUGUACCACUUGCAGCACAGGUGCUUGAUGUUAGAAGGUCGCAAAAACUGGAAAUGGUUAAGGAAUUGAAAGUCGAGAAAGCAAGAUUUCGCUUCGAAGAAGAGAUUGGCAAGUCUCCGCCGCUUUCUGAUGAGGAGGUUUGGUUGGAGCUACGACAUAGAGCGUUAGAGCUGCGAGAGGAAUGGAGAUUAGAAAACCGUAGAGCAUUUGCGAAUAUAUGGUCGGAUAUCGUGUUCGGGAUCUCGCUAUUUGUUCUUCUGUAUUUCAACCAAAGUAAAGUGGCAUUGCUGAAAUUCACAGGUUAUAAAAUAGUAAAUAACGUCUCAGACACUGGGUUAGCAUUUCUUAUUAUACUCAUCACGGACAUUUUUCUCGGGUACCACUCUGAAUCGGGUUGGCAGACUCUUCUAGAGAUAAUUGUUGAGCAUUAUGGUUUUGAAGUUGAUCAAUCAGCGAUAACAAUAUUCGUCUGCCUAAUCCCGGUUGUGAUCGAUGCUUGCGUGAAGCUCUGGUUGUUUAAGUUCCUCCCCCGACUCUCACCGAGGGUAUCAAAUAUAUUCCGAGAAAUGAAGCGGCACUAGGAGAAGCGGGGUUUCCUACGUGGAGUUCCUGUUCUCUCUCCGGAGAAAUCCUCGAGUAGCAAUUUUUUUGAGAAGAUUCUACAUUGCAUUCUUUUUGCCCGUUCAGAUCUCUACUCCAUCUUCCCCAGUAGAGGCCAUCUGAGUUUUGUCUAUAGCAAUCUCGGUGAAAUGUAACCGAUAAAGGCGCAUUCCAGUUCUAUACACCCGGUAUCAGCAAUUAUUCAUGUAAGCACAGCUUUCAUGUCGAUUUGUUUGCACUAUAUGCAGUCAUUCAAAUAAAGAGUUUCAUGGUUUACUUGUA